CUGUUAUUGAAAGAUAUUGUUGUGUUUUUCAGUGUAGAACGAUUUAACAAGUGAAACAGUCAAUGUAAUUGUGAAAUUUUUUUAAAAUAAAAUAGAGAUAAAAAGAUAUUUUUUAAAAAUGGAUGAUCGCUUGGAGUUAUUGUACCAGGAGAGUGAGUUCUUCGAAGAAGAAGAAGAACAGGCAAUGAUGCAACAUGUUUCCGUGGCAGCUGCUGUGAUGCGAUUGGAGCGAGGAGUCGCCUUAAUGGAACUGAACGGUACUCAGAUUGGGGCACAAAUGUCAGAUGAAAGCGAAGCAGAAGAAUCGAAUAGAGAUGAAAAUGGUAUGGAACAGCAGGAAGAACAGACUGAAGUGGUUGUAAAGCCUGUAGUGACUCCAACUGAGGAACAAUGGGAAAUUGAGAAGCCAAAUGAGUUUCUACGCUUCUUUCUACGCAUGGGAUUCGGAGCUCUACUGCAUCCCUAUGAAUAUACCAAAGUCCUGAUGCAAUUGGGACAUGAACCGUUGCCGGCCUCCAAGAAUUUUCUCGGUCGCUCGACGCUUUUUCUGCCGAGUGUGCACGAAUACAUACGAUUUAUCAAGCAUACGGAUGGCAUUAUCGGACUUUAUCGGGGAUUGGGAGCACGUUUUCUCAGCUGUGCCUCAGCGGCCAUAUUCUCGGAGAGUCUGGUCAAUAUGUUGGGCAUGUGCCGUUACAAACGCGUCGAGGGCGAGAAAAAGGGCUUUAAGAAGUACGCCUGGAAUUUGUUAAGAGAUGGAAUUGUUGUAAUUACAGGUCUGGUAUUCUCACAUCCCUUCUAUGUCAUCUCGGUGCGUCAGAUGGGACAAUUUGUGGGUCGUGAAAUUGUUUAUAGCGGCAUCUGUGACAGUUUUCGUGAGAUUGUAAAGCAGGACGGCCUUAUGGGACUUUACGCCGGCUUUGUGCCGCGUCUGCUCUGUGAUCUGGGCGUACUCGUCACCACCAGCACUUUGAGCGCCAUUUGCAAUCGUACUUUUCAUCUCAGAUCAACCCAGAAGGCAUACAACUCUGUGCUAUUCCAAUUCGGCGCCAUUAUGAUCUUCUAUCCGCUGCAGGUCGUCGCUGCUUGUAUGGCUUGUUCUGGUUCGGGUAUUGCAGCUGGUGCUCCGCCCUUUAUGCCCAUCUAUGCUCAGUGGACCGAUUGCCUUAUGGACUUGCUUGCCCGUGGCGAUCAGCUUCGUGGCGCCUUCAUCUUCCGCCGUACUCUGCCCAGAUUGCAGAUGCAUCGCCUGCAUGAUGUAUUCCCCAUUUCGCGCAUGAUUUAAACAUAAGAAAUUGCAAUUUCUAUCAAUUAUAUUUAUAACAUGUGGACUAUUAAAUGUUGAGACUUUAAUAAAAUAUGCUUGACAUAGUGA